AUGAAGAAAUUUGGUUUCACUAAAAAUAAUAAAAUUGGUCUCCACAAAACCGAAAAAUCGAUGUGCAACAAAGAUGGGUCCAUAAUAAUUAAAUCUGAUACACCAAUCUAUACCCACAAUCAAACAAUUACGGAAAACAAACCAGACAUUUAUGUUCAAGAUAACAACAAUCGCAAUAUUGAUAUCAUUGAAAUAGGAAUUACAAACAAAAAUAUAAUUUCCACGACCGAAAUCACGAAACAUCAUAAGUAUGAUCUAUUGGCAAAUUCUCUUAAAGUCAUGUAUCCUACAUUCACGACAAGCAACAUUCCGGUAGUGCUAUCAUGGGAUGGCUUAGUGACUAAAUACAAUAAUAAAUAUAUGCAAAUGUUGGGCAUUAACAAAAAAAUUAUGGCAUUUAUUCAAUAUAGUUCUUUGAAAUCUACAUUCGAGAUUGUAUGUAAGGAUCGGGGAGUAAGAGGUACUCUCUGGGAUGUAGAUGAAGGACUCCCUGGUUUGGAAGAAGAACCAGAUUACAUUGACCCAGACCUUUUGUAAAUAAGAGAUAUGAAAUAAAAUAAAAGUUUUUUUU